UGGCGCUGCGUUCCACCGACUGUAGAGAGGCGGCCCGGCCUCCGCGAGCUACCCCGGGUAAAAGGUGCUGCAGCUCCGUAGCUACCUUGCCACGCUCAAGCUUAGCCAGAAUCGGAACUUCCUAGGCGACCCUCCUCUUGCUUGUCGCCACGCCCCCUCCGGCUCUUCCCUCUGAUCCUUUUCUUCUUGUUUGCUUUUUCUGUUUCCUGCUUCUCCAGCUACCAUUUCCCAACUCCGCCUUUUCCUAAUAUACUCCCUGGUCCCCCUAGCAUGUCAUCCUUGCCAUCUGCCACCUUCUAACUUCUGCUCCUCCUUGACCUCAGAUCCCUUGGUCGACAGGGCCUUCUCGCCAGACUCUCUUUACACUCCUCUUUGCCACCCUCUGACCCCCAAAUUCCCUCUAACCUUAUUUACUUCUUGACGUUUGACCCUGACACUUUAGCUCUCUAAAUUUCUACCUGUUGCAGCCUGGACUGCAGAGCCAGGUGUUGCCCUGAUAUCCAUCCCUGCUUUCCAAGGCCACUGCUACCCCUACCAUGGACUUCUUGUUGAGUGGUCUGGCAGCCUGCGGGGCCUGUGUGUUCACCAAUCCCCUGGAGGUUGUAAAGACCAGAAUGCAAUUACAAGGAGAACUGAAGGCCCCAGGAACCUACCAGCGCCACUACCGAAAUGUCUUCCAUGCCUUCUUCACCAUUGGCAAGGUGGAUGGCCUGGCUGCCUUGCAGAAGGGCCUGGCCCCUGCGCUCUUGUACCAGUUCCUGAUGAAUGGCAUCCGACUGGGCACCUACGGGCUGGCGGAGGCUGGGGGAUACCUGCACACUAAUGAAGGUGUCCUCAGUCCUGUCCGCAGUGCUGCAGCUGGGGCCCUAGCUGGGGUCAUGGGAGCCUAUCUGGGAAGCCCGAUCUACAUGGUGAAGACACACCUCCAGGCACAGGCAGCCUCUGAAAUCGCUGUAGGGCACCAGUAUAAGCAUCAGGGCAUGUUUCAGGCACUAACCAAGAUUGGCCAGAAACAUGGUCUGGUGGGGUUGUGGCGUGGGGCCGUGGGAGGCCUGCCCAGAGUUGUCAUCGGAUCUUCUACCCAGCUGUGCACCUUCUCAUCCACCAAGGAUCUCUUGAGCCAGUGGGAGAUCUUUCCUCCCCAGAGCUGGAAGGUGGCUCUGGCGGCUGCCAUGGUGAGUGGCAUCGCAGUAGUCAUGGCCAUGACACCCUUUGAUGUGGCCAGCACGAGGCUCUAUAACCAACCCACGGAUACUCAUGGCAAGGGCCUCAUGUACCGGGGGAUCUUCGAUGCUCUGCUGCAGACAGCUCAGAAAGAGGGACUUUUUGGCAUGUACAAGGGUAUAGGUGCUUCCUAUUUCCGCCUUGGCCCCCACACUAUCCUCUCCCUCUUCUUCUGGGACCAGCUGCGUGUCUUCUACAACACAUACACUAAAUGAGUCAGUGUCCUGUACUCCAAACCAACACUCCACUACUUACUAUCUCAGUGAUGAUUUACUGACCCGGUGACUUCUCAUCCACCUAAGGGGGACAGCUAUGACCAAUCUUUCUCUGUUCUCUUAGGGUUGAAUCAUUGAAUCACUCUGAGCAGUAAUUUAUGUCCUUCCCUUGGAUAUUGCUUUAAAUUUCCCAAGUCCCCCUGUAUACUUCACACCCAUCUCAGGGUUGAAUCAGACACCCCAAAGUAUAUUUCUACUGCCAUUCUUGGGUCCCUCCUGCUCCUGUGCAGAGCUUUAAAGUCCCCCUUCGAAGACCAGGGGGAGACCCAGGUGUCCUCUUAAAUUCAAAGCCACAGAAACUGUGUUGUUUAUAAAGCAAGUUUAUUUCUGCAGAGGAGGUGUCUCAUGUUUGUGCCCAGGGAAGAAGUAGAAAGGAACUCCCUGUCUCGGAACCAGACCCCUGAGUCCUCAGCAGCAGUAUGUUGAAU